AUUGUUUGCGUGGCAUUAUUUUUCUUUCUUUCUCUUUUUUUAAACAAGAUGGUCUCUUUGGAUGCUUUGAAUGAACAACAAAAAGAUACAUUAGCACAAUACCAGACAAUAACCCACAUUGAUGACUUGGAAGAAGGUAUCCAUCACUUGAUAGAACAUGACUGGAAUCUAGAGGCAAGUAAGUCAUGUAGAAAGAGAGAGACUUGACUUAUAUCUUCUUUAGAGAGCUAUUCAAAGCGUAUAUGAAAAUAACACGACUACAACACAAGAAAGACAAGUGACACCACCACU